AUGACUGUCCCGCUAGCCGCUCCCGCAGCCGCUCGCGCGCUGUACCGCUCACUCCUUCGGGUUGCGAUGAGGAUGCCAGAUGAUCACCGCAGCGCGUUCGUGGUGCACAGGGCGAGGUCAGAGUUCGACAAGUCUCGCUCGCUUAGUGCUCGCGACGACGUUGCGGCACGGCUCCUCGAGGGGGAGAUCUACCGGGACCAGCUUGAGCUCCAAGCAGAUCAUCUUUCUGCGCUCGCCAGGCAGCAGACCCUAAUCCCCGUCGACUUGCGCUCGUCUCUCGCCAGCCCUCCUGCUUCCGCUCCUCCGCCUUCCUCCCCUUCGCCGCACCCUUCCGCAUCCUCGUCUUCGCGACUCGGUCCCUCUAGACCAACGCGGCCAUCUCGCCCACCGCCGCUGCCUCCUGCCAUCUCCGCCUCGGAGCCAAACUCCCCCUCUCCGCCCUCUCCACCCUCCGCAGACCGCCGCAAACUCCUCCGCGCGAUCUCUGCCCGCAACUCACAGUCUCGCGUACUCGGCGUACGACGGAACCGCUUCAUGGAAGGUCCUGAGCCGAGCUGGAUCAGGCGGAAGAGGGAGGACGAGCAGAAGGCGGAGGGCAAGUCGGCGUGA